AUGGCGGAGCGGGAAGGCAGCAAGGAGGUUGUACAGGAGCUACACAAGGCCAUGCGCAUCGCCAUGGAUGCCAAGCAGGCCUCCCUGCGGCCGGAGCUGCAGCUGAUGAACCUGCUCAUGGCUGCUCCAGAUGGACCAGCCAGAGCAAAGAUCUGGGCCCAAUUUACUGAAGGAGACAAGGCCCCCCUAGAUGGGGCCUUCUUCACACGGGUCCUCGCUCGGUUCUCAAAGGACGUUGCCAGUGGUGCAUCAGGGACGCAGAAGGACAAGAACCUGCAGGACAGGUUGAGAAGAAUCCUGAGUCCAGCGCGGUCCUUGGAGGAGGGGGUCACUCGUGUGUUCGAGCGCCAGCAAAACAUUGGGGUGGAACUGGCUGACAUCCGUCGUCAGAUCGCUGCGUUCAACGCUACAACCAGCAAGCUAGCCACGGCGGCAAACAAGGUCGUGAAGGGCCAGGUGAGGCACCACGCCGUCCCCAAGCUCGUGGCAGACUUGGCCGCGGUGUUGUGUGGCCUGCGACCCUCCCUCAUGUUGGACUAUGCGCUGCUGACACCCAAAAUAGCCCUGGAGCUGGCACGGCAGGCGUCGCUGCUGGGAGAUUGUCCGCUGACUGUCGCCCAGCUGGCCGAUUGCACCUUCUUCCUCCGGCCGGACAGGUAUCUGCCUGAUGCUGCCCCUCCCCUCUUCAUCGAUUUUACCUCUGGAACCGCAACCUGGGUGGAGCCCGGCUCCGAAAGGGGCACAAGCCUGGCCGGAGUCGCAGCAGAGGUGAGGGCGAGUGUAGCCCGCCGGGCUGUGGCCUCUGGGGCGCCAUGCCUGUUGACCCUGGACUGCGACCGGUGGGCGGCCCGGGGGGCCGCUCUCCCCACCCUGGCAGGCAUCCUGCUGGGAUACCCUGCAGUCUACGCGAUCGGAAGCCAGGAGGAAGGCGCCCAGGCCGCGCGGUGCCUGUCCAGCGGCGGCCUGGUCCUGCACAGCCUCACCGCCGGGCUGCAGGCCGGGCGGGAUCCCUCGCCGCCAGCCAUACUGGCCUACUCGGUGCCCGCCUCCCUGCUUCCAGACACCGAGAUGGACGAGCGCGCCAUGGCCUGGGAGGCCGAGGCGCGCGUGGCCGCCGCUGUGGUGCAGGGCGGGGGUUGGGCCUGGGGCGACGUCGGGCGCAGCAGGGCGGCGGCGGGUCCCCGUCCCGUGGUCCUGUAG